GAAGGGUGUUGAAAGGCUGCAGCUAUAUAUUAUUGGCUAAACUCCCCUCGGAGGAGGUGUAACAAGGCGUGCUCGAAGUAUGCCAACUGAACCUUAUCUGGCGAGAAUAAUGUUCUAAAAGUAAACCUGACCUUAAUAAUGCAAGAGGAUCUUCUGUUGAACCAGCUAUUUUAAGAGUUUACCGUGUGAGAUUGUUUAUGAUGGCUACUACUGAAAUGGAAUCUGGGUCUUCAGAAAGCAGAUCGGACCAUGGAUCUUUAGACUCUGAUUCGAAAUACCCCCUUAAAGUUCUCUACUGUGGAGUGUGUUCCCUUCCUACAGAGUACUGUGAGUACAUGCCUGAGCCAGCCAAAUGUAGGCAGUGGCUUGAGAAGAACUUUCCAGACGUGUUUGCAAAGAUGACUGUCGGUCCGGCAGGAAAUGCUCCCAAACAGGAAUCCGGCACUGGAGAAGCUCCCCCUGCAGGUGAAGAAGAGGAGAAGAAAAAGCAAAAACGAGGUGGAAGAGGCCAAAUUAAACAGAAAAAGAAGACCGUUCCCCAGAAAGUCACGAUAGCAAAAAUCCCGAGAGCCAAGAAGAAAUACGUCACACGAGUGUGUGGCCUGGCAACCUUUGACAUCGAGCUCAAGGAGGCUCAGCGAUUCUUCGCUCAGAAGUUCUCUUGUGGUGCCUCAGUUACAGCCGAGGAUGAAAUAAUCAUUCAGGGAGAUUUUACAGACGACAUAAUCGACGUCAUUCAAGAAAAGUGGCCUGAGGUGGAUGAUGACAGCAUUGAUGAUCUGGGUGAAGUUAAGAAGUAAAGACCAAAAUAUGCACUUUCACUGGGAUGGAUGCCACCUAUAACAUCAUCAACAGCAGCCUGGCCAAAAUGUACACAUUAAGUCAUUUUAUACCUAUUUUAUUUACUGUACAUAAAAAGGUGCGGACUUGGCCACUCAUUUGGCAAUUUCUAUCUAUCUAUCUUUUUUUUUUUUUUUUUUUUUAGUUCAUAGCUGCUUUCUCUUAUUUGCCAAAGUCGUGGUUUAAAUCAAGUCCUUCACAAAUGUCCUUCACUCAUGCAAACAGUAGGCUAAUAAAUUUCACGCCCCUCCGUC